AUGGCCUCAUUAACCCCCGCCGAAAAGUACAACAUCAUCGCGAGGAAUCUUCAGGAGGUCCUCGGCAAGGAACAGAUCGAGUCCAUCCUGGCCGAGCGCGAUCUCAACAUCUACUGGGGCACUGCUCCUACUGGAAAGCCUCACUUGGGUUACUUUGUUGCCAUGACCAAGAUUGCCGAUUUCCUCCAGGCCGGCUGCCACAUCACCAUCCUUAUCGCCGAUAUCCACGCCUUCCUCGACAACAUGAAGGCUCCCAUGGAGCUCGUUGGCAAGCGCGCUGAAUACUAUACCCAGCUGAUCAAGGCCACCUUGACCUCGAUCGGUGUCCCUACCGACAAGCUCAAGUUCGUCUUGGGUUCUUCCUACCAAUUGACUGCCGAGUACUCGCUCGCCAACAUGAAGCUCUGCUCCAAGACCACGGAACGUGAUGCCAAGAAGGCCGGUGCUGAGGUCGUCAAGCAGGUCGAUGCCCCCCUCUUGUCUGGAUUGAUAUACCCGGGAAUGCAGGCUUUGGACGAGGAGUUCUUGGGCGUCGAUGCCCAGUUCGGAGGUGUUGACCAGCGCAAGAUUUUCGUCUUUGCCGAGAAGAUGUUGCCCGCGAUCGGAUACAAGAAGCGCUCUCACUUGAUGAACGUCAUGGUCCCUGGAUUGGCUGGACCCAAGAUGUCAUCAUCCGUAGCCGAUUCCAAGAUUGAUCUGUUGGAGGCUCCCGAGGAUGUCAAGCGCAAGUUGAGCAAGGCUUUCUGCGAGGAGGGCAACAUUGCUGAGAACGGCGUCUUGUCCUUUGUCAAGACUGUCCUCUUCCCUCUAGGCUCGAUGAACGGCAAGAGCCCCAGCUUCAGCAUUUUGAGAUCCGAGAAGUUCGGAGGCGAUGUCACCUACACUGUUUAUGAGGAUCUCGAGAACGAUUUUAGAGAUAAGAAGGUCCACCCCGGUGAUUUGAAGAAGGCUGUCACUGAUGCCGUCAACAUCUUGUUGGGCCCUAUCCGCAAGUGGUUUGACAACGAUGAGCUCCGCCAGUUGACCGAGGAUGCCUACCCUACUCCUAAGCCUGAGGUCAAGGCCAAGCCUGUGAAGUCCAACAAGCCUGCUGCUAACGCCAGCUCGACCGUUGAUGUUUCCCGCUUGGACAUCCGUGUUGCUCGCGUCUUGGAGGCCAAGGUUCACGAGGCCAACCCCAACUCGUACAUCUCGACUGUGGACUGCGGUAACGGCGAUGUCCGCACUGUUGUCUCUGGAUUGGCUAAGUACAUCCCCUUGGCUGAGAUGCAGAACCGCCUUGUGUGCGCUGUCUGCAACCUGAAGCCCGGCAAGUUCCAGGGUGUAUUGUCCAGCGCCAUGUUGUUGGCUGGAUCGUCACCCGAUGACUCCGUUGUCGAGUUGCUGCAGCCCCCCGCAGGACUGGAGGCUGGAGAUUUGAUUGAGUUUGAGGGUUUCGCUCAGGCUGAUCGCUCUUCGCCCGAGAAGUUGAACCCCAAGCACUUGAUCUUUGAGAAGGUCUCUGAGGAGUUCAAGGUCAGCCCUGAGGGACUUGCCCAGUACAAGGACCUGCAGUUCUCGACCAAAAAUGGCCCCGUCAGCCUCAAGUCGUUGAAGGAGGGUCGCAUUAGGUAG